UCUUAAAUUAAAAGUUAAAAAGCACUCGAGGGAAACCCAACUGGGCUACCAUUUUUCUCAAUCUCUAAAGCCACAUCGUCGGAAAUUUUUCAUAAUCUCGCCGGAAGAAUGAGACGGCCGGCGACUAUGAACGUCGACGCGAUGACUCGGAAAGUCGCCGUCGAUCAUCGAAUUCCUCUCCGCAAUUACUAUCGAAUCGCCAAUAAUCUCCUCCGACAGGCCAAUAUUCACCGUGGGGAGAAGAAUAUCAUAGACUUGUAUAUAAUACUAAUGAGAUAUUCAAGUUUGGUUACUGAAACAAUACCCGACCAUCGAGACUACCUAGCUUUGCAUCCAGAAGAAAGAGCAUUAUCGAAAAGGAUGCUUUCAACAGUGCUAGAUGAACUAGAGGGGUUAAAACCGGAAUUCCAGCGCCAGCGGAAAAGAAUGGAUAAAGCUCAAGCAGCAACUCAGACUUCCCAACUUAAUAAUCAAGAGAACCCUCCCUACAGAUCAGUUGGAAAUUCUUUAGUACGGCCCUACACCAAUAAUAAAGCAUCUUCUGAUUAUGACAAUAAAUGGGCCAUCAGCAAUGCACCUUCAUCUUUGUGGAAGCAGAAUAAAGAUUACUCUGGUGUUUCAUCCUCGAGUUCGAUCGAUAUGCAGUUCCAGAAGCUAUCUCUCAAUUUUCCUGUUCCAAAGCAAGAAACACUGUCAAGGCACUCGCUUUUAGGCCCAAAUGGUCUUCACGGUCAAUGGUCCCGACCUAGUUCCAAGAUAAAGGUGAAUUACCCAGCAAAUGCUGAUUUAAGUUCAAAUGAGCUUUUGAGCCUCAAUCAGGUUGGUGAUGAUGGCUCGUUCGUGUCUAAUGACACUGGCUUGAAGGUGGAUAAGUCUCCUAUGGAAUCGAUUCUUUCUUUGGAUGAUGGACGGUGGUUACACCCUUCUGAAGAUUCUUGUUCUCCAAUUUUUGAUGAUAUGCGGAGUGAUCAUAUUCCUUUUAGUAACUUAAGGCAACCUUCGCCGCCUCCAGUUCUGGCGCAAAUACAACAAGAAUUUCGUCCCAUAUCUCCAUCCAAAGUUGCAGAUCCAAGACCUGGACCAGCUAAGUCCUUUCAGGACGGGCCACCUGGUUCAAACUCUUAUCAACAUUUGCAUGUUCCAGUGAGACUGAUGGAAGAUUUCUUAAGAUUAGCUCGAGAAAAUACAGCAAAGAAUUUAGAAACUUGUGCUGUUCUUGCUGGUUCACUGAGGAACCGUGUUUUUCACAUCACUACUCUUAUUGUCCCAAAGCAGGAGUCGACUUCUGAUUCUUGUUCAACAUUGAAUGAAGAAGAAAUUUUUGAGGUUCAGGACAAGCUCUCUCUCUUUCCUCUUGGUUGGAUACAUACACAUCCUUCACAAACCUGUUUUAUGUCUUCAGUUGACCUGCACACUCAUUACUCAUAUCAGAUUAUGUUGCCAGAAGCGAUUGCAAUAGUGAUGGCUCCUACAGAUAAAGCGAGCCCUCAUGGUAUAUUUCAUUUGUCUGAUCCUGCUGGUGUGUCUGUUAUCCGGAAUUGUCAGCAGCGUGGUUUUCAUCCUCAUGAGGAGCCUGAGGAUGGAAGUCCGAUAUAUGAACACUGUUCUCAUGUCUAUAUGAAUGCAAACAUGAAGUUUGAUGUUAUAGACCUUCGUUAACCUUGCAAUUUUAUGAAACUUGGAAGGACAUAUAGGAGUAAAUGUUACAGAGAUGGUUGUAUAGAAGCUUGAUGUUAUAUACCUUCUUGUAAAUUCAUUAACGGGGAUCCAAGAACACAAUCUUUAUUUCAGAUGAGCGAUUGUAUUUUUUUUUCCUUCUUAUCUUAAGCCGAGAAUUUUAUGUUAUCCAUUAGGAAUGAGGGCUUUUGGUUUCGCAAUUCACAUUGUUUCUCUA